GUUCAUUUUUUAUUUUUCAUUUUUUUCAAGUUGUUUUUCAUAAGUAAAUAUUAAAAUAAAGAAUAUAAUUAUGUCUGAAACAUCAUCACUUUCUUCACUAACUUUAUCACCAUCGACACAAUCGACACCAUCAUCAUCAUCACCACCCAUAAAAGUCGGGUCUUAUUUGAAAAGUGGUACUUUUAAAAUCAGAAACUAUAAUUUCCCAGACUUGACACCCGGUUUGGAAAGCAUAUCUAAUAAUGAAAUGAACGUUUCUGAGCUUUUGAAGAUGGACAUAUUGUCGGCAAUCAGAAGUUAUUGCGUUGAAGUUGAAAAAUUAUUGUCCGAAGAUUUUUACCUUGUUGCUCCCAUCAAAAUAUUGGAGCAAAUUUCCAGUAGAGUGGAAGAAGAACAAAUGUUCAAAAUGACUUCGGUCAAUUAUCUUAAAUACAUCAAGAUACCUUCGGAAGAAAGAAUUCGCUCUGUAAGGAAACUAGUAAUGAAAUUGGCGAAAGAGCCUCCGAGUAGUUUUGAAGAAUGCUUCCUUCAAUUUCUUAUAAGGGCGAGGGAGAGCAGAAAAGAAAGAUUGAAAAGCUCUCAGAAGUGGGUAUAUCCGCCUGGGCCGUCCCAAGAGCGGAGAAAAGAAGCCGCUAAAAGCCGGGCGGCCCAGGCGGAAGAAGCCAGAAAGCGGAAAAGCAGAAUGACUUUGAAAGGGCAGAUUGAGGAAUUAAAAAUGCAACUGAAUGAAAAAAACACGUUAAUUUCUGCAUUAGAAAAAAAGAUAAGGGAUUUGGAAGAAGAGAAAACGAAAACGAAAAAGAAA